AUGAGCGCGGUCAGCAAUAUGCCAGUGCAUAUAUCUCCUAUGUGCGCUGCAUUAGCCAGUGCAUCUGAGAAGGUGGUGGCAAAUUCGGGCCAGAUCGUAGUUGGUAGUUUGCGCAUUCGAGUAUUGCAAGCAAUCGAUUUACCGGCCCCACAAGCAGCUGAAAAUGGUUCAAUAAUGGCUUCAUCUUGGCUCCACCUUCCAUUUCGAAAUCCGUUACAACAUCAAAACAUGGAGCAUCAUGCAAGACCAAACAUGAUCUGUGUGUUACUGCAGACGACAAAGUCGAAAGUGCUAGCCACGGAAGCACGUCCGUGGUCUAGCGCAAUAUGCUGGGAUGAGGAGUUUCACCUGGAAAGUGUGACAUCCAGCGACGAAUUGGUGCUUUUCCUUGUAGAUCGAGUAAGGAAUGACACAUAUGCGAGUUUACCACUACAAAGUGAUGUGAUGUCAAGUCCGGGACUGAUUGGCAAAGUGACAGUACCGCUCGUACGGCUUCCAGUAGGGCAGCCAGUGGAGCAGUGGUAUUCGCUUAUUCGUGUUGAAUCGUCUUUAGCGCUGCGCACUGCCUUGCGAGUUUCUCUGCUCUUCAAUCCGAAUGAAGUACCAGCCGUUGUAAUGACACAUAGUCCAACAAGGAGGCGAGUUACGCCUACAUCCGUACUUUCGCCCUCUUCAGCAACGGAAAUCUCAUCGGCAUCUCCCGUGUCGAAAUCAUUGCGCACAGAGAUGACAAAUACCACGGCAAUAUCUCUUGAGUCGGGCGUAAUUGACUAUGUCAUUGUGGUGGAAGGUGCAGAGCAUAGUAAUGCUCGCGCAAGCUUGAAUGGCGCGCACGUUCGCUUUCGAUAUCCUCCUACAGAUCGACACGAAUUUCCUUUGCCGACUAAAAUUGAGUGGUUCUGCUUUCCCAAUGGACCUGAAAUUAUCACUCAGACUGAAAGACCCCACAGCAAACUGUUUUCGUUUGUUCUUGUGGGUGGUGAUGAUGGUCUUUGCAGGUCAUAUGUCGUGUGCCUUAUCGUAUACCAUCAUCGUUCUGCAAGUAGCGAGACUGAAAAGAAUAACUGGCAUGGAUCAUGUUUGGCGUUUGUGACUCGGAUUCCACUUAUAAAAGAGAUAAGCACAUGUUUAUUUGCUGUGGCGCAAACUUGGAUGGCAGCGAAUCGACAAACGAAUGUUGUUGAGGGUGUCGACGUAUCCCGACUGGCAUACACACAAAUUCAGCUUUUACGUCUUUGUCACGAAAUUACGCUUCCCAUCCGAGGUGUUUUUGGCGUUCAAUUUGCGAUAAAUAACUCAACAGUUCGACUCUUGGUUCCUUCCAUAACGUCUAUUUACACAAUUAAGGAGACUGCGCAACAGGAACUGCGGCGAAUCGCAUCGACUUCUGCGAAACAAGCAUCUCCCACUACCAGACAACGAAGCUUCAAUGCGAUUCAACAGGGCUUUCAGCCGAGCGUUUAUUCCUUAAAGCCUAUGUUUCAACUUUUUGAUAUCAAGUCCAUUAUCUACCUUGUGGUACUCGUUCUUUGUGAGUACCGGAUACUUAUUCACAGUACCCAGCAGUCUCUUUUGUGUCCAGUAUGUGAGGGUCUGUGUACGCUCAUCUAUCCGUUCCGGUGGCAACAUCCGUAUGUGCCCAUUCUACCCCGAGUGCUAUCAGAAUACCUUCAAGCUCCACUGCCUUAUAUACUGGGCAUUCACUCAAGUUGGCUUCAAAGUCUGAUUGAAAAUAGCCGACCAGAGUAUCUCGUAGUGGUCGAUAUCGAUCGUGGAACUAUCCAAUUACAGGAAGUUGGUGGACCUGUUAUGCCGCACAAGUUGACAACAGCACUUUGUCAAAGAUUGAAGAUGAUUUUGCAUACAUCGUCUUACAAAGAAAUUGAAUCCGUUCAGCUCGUGGAUAGUAAGGAGAAAAAUCAUAUAUCAAUCGAUGAGAGGCUCGGGGACUCAAGACAAGACGGUGAAAAAGAGCAAUGUCUUACCUUCGAGUGGGGUAGUGAUACUGAGAAGCAGGUUCGUUUGGAGUUUGUGUGCUUUCUUUCUGCGCUCAUGCAAGGAUACCGUGACUGCCUCUUUUUCGUGAAUCAAAAACUACCAGUUUUUAACAAACGCCGAUUUUUCGAAAGUGAAUCCGUAGACGGCGAAGUUAUUCCGUUGGUGACUCGACUUUUCAGUACGCAAGCCUUCCAGUCGUUUCUUGAAAAUCACAGCUCACCUGAGCUUAGCGUAUUUCAUUUCGUGUACAUCACGCUCUGUCGCGAACCAAAAGAUCUGCAGUGGUCAAAUCUAAUUCGGGCUUCGAAAAGCCAGCAUUUGCUGCUAGAUACAGGACCAGUAAGAGAGGAUAUACCGAUUCUUGUCAGCGAUGACCCCAGUUACAGUUUUGAAAAUGAUGAUGAUUUUAAAAGCGAAAGCGGGAGUUCAAGCAAAAUUUUCCAUACAGAUGCACGCUGUUGUGAGGAGCUUGACUUUAAUUGCCACGAAUCCUUGAAUACUUUAGGCAGGGCAAUCGAAAAGUUACUGGAUGAGGAAAGCUCAGUUUCUUGGACUCCUUUUGCGAUGGAGAUGAGUGAUAUCGAAGCUCUGACUGCACCUUCAUCAAAGUCGAUACGAAAAUUAGACCACGAGAUUUUAGGACAUAAAAUUGGAGUGGAGCCUAAUUUGCUGAAAGCAAACGCUCGAUUAUUGCAGAAUGCGCAUCAGGUGAACCAGUAUCGUCUUCAUUUUGAUAGCACAAUCGCGGCUGCCGUUGCAAAUUCAACAGGUUCUAGCGAUCAUUUUGUUUCAUCAGACAACGAACGAUUCGCGCAAGUGCUACACAAAACCUUGACUGCAGUGUUUACAUCUGAUGACUCGCUUACGGAGUCAGAAAUUCGGGCUUGCGAGGCACAUUUUAAAAGUAUUAUCGCACGUGAUCUCUUCGUUUUGAUUUUAAUGCAGCCGAACAACCAAUACGUAGAAUGCGUGAAGGGGUCUUUAAAGACAAGCGGUAUCAGGUCUUCCUCAGCAUGGUACAAUCCAAAGGGCUCGGGAAGCUACAUUGGUACCGCUGGAUUUCGGUUGCUUGCGAGGUUAGCAACCGCAGUGAUGAAUCAAUGUGCGGCCCAAGAAGACUUCACGACCGCUCGUGGUAUUCUACAGGUUGCAUCCCAAUACUAUCACUACGUGGAGGACAAGCAGAGUGGUAUCGGAUUUGCAAAGAAGGAAUAUCUCGUGACGCCAUUGCGGUUACUGCCAAUUUGCCGAUCGCUAGAAUUAUGGCAACACGCUUUUACUUGCGAUAUCGGCGAUAUUAACAAAGCAAACCCGGCCGAGUCUGAUGGAGAAGAUCAGGGGACUGUGGAAGACGAAGAUUUUUUUACUGUGACUGGUAGUUUGGUGUACGAUAUGCUUAAUUUUGAGGUGCCACUUAAAAAAGUCCAGACUUUUGUCACUGUCAUGAGCUCAACAUAUCAAAAGGAAGACUUGUUGGAAACUUUGAAGCAACUUGCAGAAAAUGUAUACCGUGCUCUCGAUAUGUCUAAGAUUAUCAAAUCGUCUCCGUCUGAAGGUAUUAUUUUACCCAGAAUGAGCACGAAGUCACUUGGCCAGACAUCGCUUGCUCUGGCAUCUAAGACCGAGCUUUAUCCUGCUUCUGCUCCCUCUUCAGUGAUGUCCGCCUUUGCAGAGAGUCCUGUGCUAUCGCGCGAGUAUGAUUUGAACACUGUCAUUAGACGCAAAAUAUCGGUAGGUGAGACGCCUUCCAUUGCCCAGGCAAGAAAAGAGUAUUGUAGCGAUGACCUCAAAAGCUGUGGCAAUCAGCAGGCGGCAGAUUGGAUGAGUAGGACACCGCCUACUCGUCGAAGGUCUAGCGCAGUAUUUUCAAGUGCGUUAUUGGCAACAUCAAGUUCACCCGUGCUGUGUUUGGCUAUCAAUAACGAUCGUGCAGCCUUAGGAUUGGCUGAUGCUCACGUCAACGUUGUCGAUAUUAAUCCGUCAGAAGACAAAAAAGGCAUUCGACUUGAAUGUCAUAGUGAUGCUGUGGUGACCAUACGGAUGCGAGGAAAUGCACUGAUUUCGGGAUCUCGUGAUAACACAUUACGUGCAUGGGACUUGCGUGGAAAUCCGAAAAAACGAGACAUGCUAUCUUUUUUCUCCAUGUCGUCCAAAAGUAGCAACACUCUGUCUUCGAAAGAAGACUAUGAAGUCGAUGGUACUACAGUAUCAAAGCGGAGUCUUGUUAUGCGUGGGCAUUUGGCUGCGAUCUCUUGUAUGGAACUUGGGCAUCAGCUUGGAAUUGGUCGCUCUUUGUUGGCGUCUGGCUCUGACGAUGGUACGGUUCGGCUUUGGGAUACAACAAAAGAGUGUAGUGUGGCGUUGCUAAGUGGACACAGGUCAACCGGCAAGCCAGCUGACAACGGCGGGGUUAGUUGCUUACGUUUGCUGGCUAGUGACGAUGAUCUGGCAACGGGUUAUCGCCGACGAACAGUGCAGAUUUGGGAUCUCGCAGUGUGCAAGUUAAAAGUCAAUGUCGAGGCUCAUCAAGCAGGUAUCCGCGACUUGCAGGUAUCGGGCACCCGACUUGUGACAGCGGCAAAUGAUCGCGUUGUGAAGGUCUGGGAUACAGCAUUUCGCGGAAGUGGACACACAAUGCAAGCCGUGCAGGAGCUGCGUGGACAUGGUGGUCCUGUUCAAUGUGUGAUUUUGGGAGGACCAGCAGAUCCAACGAUUUGUGCAGGUUCAGCAGAUGGUCAAGUUCGAGUUUGGGAUCUUCGGUACGUGCAGCGUGGCCCACGUCUGACGCUUAGUGGGCACAUGGGUCCAGUGACGCGAUUACAGCGUGAUUUUACAAAGCUUGUAUCGGCGGGAGAAGAUGGAUGGCUUCGAAUUUGGAAUUUGCUAUCGGGCUUAUGCCUUCGUGAAAAGCAGGCGCAUUUCUCGGGCCUAACUUGUCUCGAAAUGCAGGAUUCUCUCGUGUAUUCUGGCUCCUGGGAUGGUUCGGUGCGAGUGUGGGAUAUCGAAAACGCGAUUUAG